AUGGACUGGAUUCAUGUGGCACAGGAUAGGGGAGGACAGUACUAUUUGCUUGUAGGAAAGAGCCAUGUAGUAAGUCGUAGGGAUGGAGAUAUCAUUCUAGCAGAUGACCAGUCUGUUAGUCGCCGACAUGCUGUCAUCACUGUCGAACAUAAUAUUAAGGACUUGGGAGACCCCAGUAAACUACCAGUCGUUUCACUUACUGAUACAGGCUCAAAGUAUGGAACCUUCGUGAAUGAUAGAAUUGAAGCUUCAGUCAGAUUGGCCAAAGAUUCUACAGAGGUUCUCAGAAGUGGUGACCGUAUUCGAUUUGGCCUGCAGUGGAAUGAAUGGAGAUUGGAAUACGUCCCACUGGUUGUUACAACGUCUACCCUCACUCCUGAUGAGAGGAAGAGGUUGCAACAGCAUAUCAUCAUACUUGGUGGACAUGUAGUGAGCAGUUGGCAAGACACAGUAUCACACGUAACCAUGUGCAGCUUGACACUGACUGUCAAGGUCGUAUGUGCACUUGCGAAAGGAAGGCCAAUUGUUACACCACAGUACUGGGAUAAUUACAUCAGAGCACUGGAGACUAAGCAGCCAUGUCCAGACUGCAAGGACUAUAUUCCUCCUUUGGCUGAAACAACGCUUAAUGUGAAUGAGGUGUCAUUUGAUGUCAAUGAAGACAGGAAGAAUCUGUUUGUGGGAAAGCAUUUUGUGUUCUCUUCUGUGUAUCAGUAUAACUCUUAUUCUUGCAUGGUGACUUCAGCAGGUGCAAAAGCUGAUAUUCUGGAGCAAAAUGGAAUGUCUUUCAAAGACCUUGUACAGCCAAAUGUCAUUGUAAUGCAGUACUCAUUUAACAGACCAUCUCAAGAGUCCCAAGUGUCACAAUCAUUUCAAGCACUGAAAAAAUAUUUAAAGUCCAGUGGUAAACGAGUUAUCCCUGAAAGUGACAUAGGGCUGGCUAUUUUACAUUGCUCCAUUGACACACAUUGUAACCCUGAUUACAAGAUUGCUUUAGCACUGGUACCAAAAGAGACUAGAAAAAUUAACAGCCAACCUGAACUUGUUGUGGCUUUGGAUACGCAAGAAUCAGAAUCAGACAGCAUAAAGAAAAUAAAAGAUGAAGAGGGUGCUUCUCUCCGCCCACAGAAAAGGCUCAGAAGUUUGGAAGAUGAUGGGUUUCUCAUGAAGAGAGUUGCUGCCCCUCAACAGACCAAAGCAAGAAUAAAAUUGGAACAUGUUGUCAAAGAAAGUGAUGAAGAUUUGUUUGAGUUUCCAUCAGAUAAGAAGGCCAGGAUUACAAAUGAAGAAGAUGAAGAUAUUUUUGCCUUUGUUGAUGAUGUAAAACACAAACCACUUCAAAUGAAUGUUCAUGAAGAUGAAACUGCAAAAUUAUCUCUGCUUACAAAGAAAAGAAAGUUAAAGGCCAGUGAAACUAUAUCUGAACUGAGUUCUGUCAGCAAGAAACAUGCCCCAGAGAAGGAUGUUUCUCAAAUCUCGUGCACAGAAUCCGAUAAGGAUGAAACCAAAGAACCCAAUGUUUCUCUUUCUGGCUUCCUUGAUGCAGUUCAAGAGCCAAAGGUGAAUACAAUGGACGUGCCCAUGAUGGACAUUGCUGAAGGUCUGAAAAAUGUGACUGUGGUUGAAAUGAAAGCUUUGAUUUUUCGAAAUACUCCACCUAUCAGAGCUCCUGCCACUGGGUGCAGUCAUGUUAGCAGUAAUUUCAAGAAGUUUAGAAAGGUUCAGGCAGUUUACCAUCGUCCUGUGAUCAGAAAGGAGAAUUUAGUUCCAUAUGAUGCUGAUACAAAAGGUCUCUGUGAGUGGCUUAAUGAAACACAUGACAAAGAUGAAAUGGAAGAUAAUGAUGAUGAUGAUGACUGGGCAUUCUUUGGGUCUUCACAGGCUAACAAGAAAAAGACACAUUUUAGACACCGAUGAAUUUUCAAUUUUACCAAUUUAUUUUACGAUAUUUGUAAAAAUAUUUAACAACACUUUAAUCUAAAGACAUUUUAUAUUUCUUGCAAUUAUAUAAUAAAUAUGUAGUUGCUGAAAGUUA